GGCUGCCGAACGCUUUCCCCCCAAACGCCCGAGUUUGCUUCGGCGGUUUUCCCUGCCAAAGGCGCCCUUAACCUUCCCGGCGAGGGGGCAGGGGGCUGCCCGGCGACGCUGGCUACCCUUUGGAGGGGUUCCUGGCCUCCUUCCCCCCCUCCCCUCGCUUCCCCACCACCGGCACAGGUUGUUGGGUCGGGACAAGCCAACGAAAGGGGAUUUAGUAACAAACAACGGCGGCCAUGUUGAGAGGAAUUUCUGCAGCUAAACUUCUCCCCUCUGAAGGCAGGCUGAUGACAGUGAAGCUGGGUGAAAGCAGCAGCAGCAGCAGCAACACCAGCACGACUACUACUGAGGAAGGCUUGAGGAAGCUGGGCAAGCGAGCAGGUGAAGAAGAGUCCCUGGAAGAAGGAGCAGGCGAAGGAGGAGAGGCAGCUCCCAGCACCAGCAGCACAAAGGAAGAAGAGGCGAUCACUCAAAGCAACACUAACCGGGGGCCCUUCUUGGCCACCUCCACUUUGCCCCAAGCCCCAUCCUCCUCAUCUUCGUCCUCCUCCUCCGUCCAGCCUGCCCACAGCAACGACCAGCAUCAUUUCCUCAGGUCCAGUGUCAGACCUCAGAGCAAGAGGUUAAGGAAGGAUUCUCAGGCAUCCUGCGCAGUUGGAGGUGGCAGCAGCAGCAAUACAACCGCUGCUGCAGCAGCAGCAAAAGGAAAAGGUGCAGAUAAUGGCGGGACUUCCUCAGGCAGUUCAUCAGGAAUCUCUUCCAGCACCCCAGCUGGUAGCUCAAAAUCUACUGCAAGAAACCUGGGCUCAUCAGCGGGAGAAAAGGAAGAAGGCAAGAAGGUUAGACGUCAGUGGGAAUCAUGGAGCACCGAGGAUAAGAAUACUUUCUUUGAAGGCCUCUAUGAGCACGGAAAAGAUUUUGAAGCAAUUCAGAACAACAUUGCCCUGAAGUAUAAGAAGAAAAGCAAGCCAGCAAACAUGGUGAAGAACAAGGAACAGGUUCGGCACUUCUACUACCGCACGUGGCACAAGAUUUCCAAAUACAUUGACUUUGAUAAUGUGUUUUCUCAAGGGCUGAAAAAAUCCUCCCUGGAGCUCUAUGGCUUAAUUUGUUAUGGGGAGCUAAGGAAGAAGAUUGGGGGCUGUAUGGAUGACAAAAAUGCAGCUAAACUCAAUGAGCUUAUUCAAGUUGGGGCUACAACUGUACGCUACAAAGGGAGGAAUCUUCGCAUCAAAGCCCCAAUGUGCAGGGCUCUGAAGAAACUCUGUGAUCCAGAUGGCAUUAGUGAUGAGGAGGAUCAGAAGCCAGUGCGUCUUCCACUGAAGGUCCCCGUGGAGCUGCAGCCACGGAAUAAUCAUGCAUGGGCCCGUGUGCAGAGCCUGGCCCAGAAUCCACGUCUCAGGAUGAUCGUAGAGUUGCAUCGUAAGGUAUCUAGCCUCAUUGAGUUCCUGAAACAGAAAUGGGCUCUCCAUGAGGUGCGCAUUCGUAAAACACUAGCAGAAAGGCAACUACAAGACUCCAGGGAUUCUGAAGCAAGUGGCAGCUAUUCGGAAGAGAAAGUGAUGCUCCAUCUCUUCCCAGGAGAGAACUGUACGCUUACACCCCUCCCUGGGGUUGCCAGGGUUGUACACUCCAAAGCUUUCUGUACAGUGCAUUGGCAGGAAUCCGGCCGAUGCAAGCAGAAUACAAAAGACUCCCUCUUGUUGCCGCCUGCCCAGAUUCUAGGCAUACAGAGCGGUCAGGGGACAGCCAGAGGGCAGGUGAAAUACCCCCGGGGAACAGAAGGCAAGGGUGGGACCAGGGCCGAGAGCACUACAGAAGCAAGUAGAAACACUCAGUCCACAUUUGAGGCAACUGCAAACACUGAGGACUGCUCCUCAGAGGCUGGGCUUACCGAAGGAGCAUCCCUGUGUCUCAGUGUUGCACAUAGUCUUGAUAAGCCACUUUCCGGGCUUCAAGAUCUGAGUGGGAGUCUUGAAAAGCCGGUUCCCACAACCCAUUGUGCUGAGGGUAGGGAGGCACCAGCCGUUGCACUGGCGACCGGGUCAUCUUCCGGCAGUGCAAACUGUGACUGUGGCAGCAUCCCCCCUGAUUUGGAGGAGCUCUCUCUGCUUGACCCAUUUCCUCGGUACAUGAAAUCUUGCCAGGACCUUAUUGUCCCAGAGAAGUGUCUUUGCACAGAUAGACUGAAUGGGAAAGAUUUUGCCUUGGCAGGGCACUCCCCUCCCGGGAGGCUCUCAUCUGGGAGCACAGAGGCUGGCAGCCUCAGUCCCGCGCAGCUGGCAAGAGGUGGGGUGGCAUUGCCCAGCUGCGGCCCAUCCAGAACUGAAACUCAGGCCCUCCAGUGCUGCGGACCACAAACGGAAAUGUGUGCUAAGGAGCUAUCGGACGCAGUAAUGGAGGACUCUCAGGAGAAGCCCAGCACCUCACUGCCGCCGCCGCCACCACCACCUCAGGGACAAUUGGUUGCAAAGUCUCUCAAGGAUGACCCAAGCCGCCUUGUGCAACAGGUCAGAGAGGAGGGAUGGAGCCUGCGGACCUCCGAGAGCCUUACCUUGGCUGAAGUCUACCUCAUGAUGGGCAAACCGAACAAGCUACAGCUAGAGUACGAUUGGCUGUCUGUCUUGGGGCCGGAAACCCAGGAUCCUGGGGAGCAGAUGCCUGAACCUAAAUCUGUUUCUCCAUCAGCCACCUGUCACAAACAGAAACUCCUCAACUGCCUCUUAAAACUCAUCUCCACUGAAGUUAACCCCAAACCAAUCCCUGAAAUGAACUCUGUUGCAACAUCUCCCAUAAAGCCCACUCAAGAGGAGCAUGCUCUGACCCCUCCUGGCAAGGUUAUUGCCGUCAGCACCCGGAGUCCAGGCUGUGCACGCAACCAGCCUGCCCUUCACAAGAAAACCUUUCCCCCCAGUAUCACUUCCAGUUCCUCAGGUUUGAGAAAUCACUCUGGACCUCUCUUGGUGGCUGGUCCUUCAGGUUCCACGAGUGCAGAUGCAGAUGGUGGCCUCUUUGCUGUUCCCACAACUCUCCCACCCAACAGCAGGCAUGGGAAGCUUUUCUUGCAAAGUAAAGAAGCGGAGCUAACCUUCCGGCAGCGCUUGGAUACAAUCAGUAUGCAAUCUGAUUUCUUCUUGCCAAAGCCGAGGAAACUGCAUAACAGACAUCUGCGAAAACCACUGGUAGUACAGAGAACACUGCUUCCCAGGCCAUCUGGAAAUUCCUCCCAGCACGUCUGUUCCUUCUCCAUCUUAUCAAACUCUUCUGCAACAGGAAGAGGAUCUUUUCGGCCGAUCCAGUCUUCGCUUACGAAAGCAGCUGUGUCCCGUCCCAUUGUUCCCAAGGUUCUUCCAGCUCAAGCCACCAACCAUCUGUCCAGUGCUAUUGACUUAGCAGCCCAAAGUGCCGGUAUUAUUCCUGGCAGUCCUUUGCCUGUUCUGGAUACCGAAGGCCUGUCGGGCGUAUCCCCACUGUCACCGGAUGCAGUGACUGCAGUGGUUUCGGGGCAAGAUUCAACAGUGGCACAUCACAACGGAGGCUCCAUCGUUGCGGGCUCAAGCAGCGAGUGUCAGGUUCCAUUUCUUGGCCUACCACCACGCUCUGAGCAAGAGGCAAUCCCGGAUGGCUUCCAGGGGGCACCUGUCCUUUCUCUACCAGAACUGCCAAAAACCUCUCUCCAGAAUGGUCUCGUCACUCCUCCGCUUCCCUCAUCGGAUGCUUCCGGUACACAUUUGUCUCCUCCCAAUGUCUCUGCUUUAUUGGAUAUCUCUCUUCCUGGACCCCCUGAGGAUGUUCUGUCUCAAGGAGAACCUGCUACUCAGAUCAGUGACUCUAUCAUUGAAAUAGCAAUCAGCUCUGGUCAGUAUGGCGAGAAUGUUCCUCUGUCCCCAGCAAAACUGAAUGGCAGCGAUGGCUCGAAAAGUCUUCCAUCCCCUUCCUGCAGCCCCCAGCAGAACUGGAUUGCCUCUCCUAGUCAUGAUCCACAGUGGUACCCCAACGAUUCCACAGACUCGUCCCUCAGCAGCUUAUUUUCAAGCUUCCUUUCCCCAGAAAAGGGACGGAAAAUGCUGCCAACCUCUACUAGUAGUAACACAAGCAGCACCUCCUUACUGGGACCGAGUCUGCUGGAUGGAAACUCGCGGGACUCUUUUGUGUCCCGGUCCCUGGCAGAUGUAGCUGAGAUAGUAGAUUCCCAGCUGGCUUGCAUGAUGAAUGAGAACAGUAUAGAUUACAUAUCUCGUUUCAACGACCUUGCCCAGGAGCUGUCAAUACCUGAGUCAAACCGCCGAGAGAUACACUUUGAUGGAGGAAGUGAUGGCCCUCCCAUUGGUGACCUCUCUCAGUGAGCACAUUCACCCAGCUGGCUGGUGGAAACCAUUGAACUAGCUAUGUAACCUGGAGAGAAGUGAUAUCAUAGCUAUGCAGUGGAUACCUUUGUUGUCCUGACUAGAGCAUGCCUCAUAAGAAGAUCAGUGUUGUCUUCAACAGUCUACAGUUCCUGGAAUGUGCAAUAUGCUAGGAACAAUACAACUGGGAGCAGUAUUAUAGGAAAUGACAUGUGUAAGCUGAUUACUAGUGGAGUUUACAAGGCAGCCCUGGAUUUAUGCUCUGGGCAAGAAAUCCCACAAGCUAUGUUUUUAUACAGUAAACCAAACCCUUGUUGUCAUAUCUGCAUUUAAGCUGGAGGGUGGGGGUGAUAAAAUGGUAUGCUAUUUUUUAAAUCUUUUUUUAAAAAAUAAAUAAGUAAGUAAGUAUACUCCUCUCUUGGUCUAUCACAAUUGGCAUUGUUGACCAGUCAGUCAGAUUGAUAAUUCCUUGCACUUUCCUGUCAGGCAGCAGUAAAUACCACUUUGCUUUUACCAUAAUUCUUUCUCACUCACUCACAUUCAUCAACAUUCCAGCAUGGCGUGAAAAGUGCUGUGUCUGUUCCUACUUUAAAAAGAAAGACCUGGAGUAGGAUCUGAGAGCCCCUUAAGAAUGCUCCUUUCCUUAUUCUUGUAGAUGGGUGGGGUGUGCCGGUGUGCGUGUGCACAUGUGUGUGCGCGCACACUACCUUAACCAGCAUCCCUUUGACUGAUUCUGCUUGCUUGCUUUUUAGUUUUUAUUUCUUACAGCAAACACUUCCUGUUGCAAAGGUGGUCUUACUCCCCAAGGGCUCUUAUAUUCCAUUUUUCUCUUGAGGACUAGAACCUUUUUUCAGGAGGCUCUCUAACCUCACUCGCAAUUCAUUCUCUUUCUCCUUGCAUAUUUUCCUCCUUUCUUUUUAAAUAUUCACUUGUUUUAUCUUAUGAAUUCUACAAGAAGAAAGCAUUUUACAGUACUCUUUCCUGUGACAGUAGAAAGGUAAUGCUUUUACUUUGUCCUGCAAAUGAGGUGAGAAAGCUGCUAUUCCACUUUUGUAAAGUUAAUUCCCACAUGGCAGUUCAAGUUGUGCAGCUCCUUCACAAAAGCCUAUAUAAAUUGCAUUCUUUAGGAUAUGCUGUUUACUUGUGGGUAACCUUUAAUCAAUACUAGUGUGAACUUAAGCAGAUUUUUAAAAAUACUAGCUGGAACUCUGCUUUGCAAACAUGCCCUAUACUCUGGUGAUUACCCCUCGCCCUUUACUAUCUUUAUCAAGCAUUAGAUGGGAAGGUGACUUUGGAAGCCUGCCCACAAUGGUGAGGUAGUCUCACCAGAAUGACUUUGCUUGGCAAAGGGACCUAAAAGUCACUGCCAAUCUCCAAUGGUUCCUGCAUUUCUGGGACCGUGACCCUGACCACUUUUCUGAAACUGUUCCUGAAUCAUUCUAUCUUCAAGGGCAGUUAAGCAGUCUGCUAGUAUUAUCUCCAAGCUCUGCAUAUUUGCAGAACUGGAGAGCCUGUCCUAGGUUUAAAUAUUAAUUUGUGUUAUAUUUGUGUUCAUCUCUUGAAUGGCUGAGCUUACCACCUGAACUGUCCACAACUUCAGUUUUCGUAGGAGAAUACCAGAAUCAUGUAUACUUUCAUGGGAGUAUCAUAGCAUUGCCCUUCCCUGACAUCAUUGUUAGUUUUUUGCAAAUAAUCCCUCUUUCAAGGAUUCUACCAUGGUUACUUAGGAGCACACGUUUGUAAUACUUCAGGGCAAAAGCAUUCUUGCCAACCCCUGAUACUGAUUAUCAGACUAGUGGUGCAGCAGUCCUGAAAGCCCCAUACAGAGCUCUUUGUGUGCUGGGGCUUGUCUGUUCUCUUCUAAAAGCAGACAGAAUGUUUUGUGCAAUGCAAUGAUGCAUUCAUGUGAGUGUGUGAAGGCUUUUCAUUCUAGAAGAAAAUUUGGACUCUGUGUAUGGUGAUUUCUGAUUAUGCAUUUAGCAACAUGGCCUAGAUACCGGUGUGCCAAAACAUGUUUAUUCUACCUGUAUGCAUUAUUUUUUGCAGGAGCAUCUUAGGCAGAGGCCGUUUCCUGAUCCGUCCUUGAAAUGUUAUCAGUUCUAUCGUCCAUAAAAGGCCUUUGUUCAUAUGAGACAUUGCCUGUGGAUCGUUUACGUUAAUUCGUUAUAGGUCUGCAGGUGUGGGUGGGUGGGUGGUUUUUUUAAUGAAAUCAUUCUUGACAUUCUGUUUUCGAUGUAGGGAGCCAUUGGCCCUCCAGAUGUUGCUGAACUGCAAUUCCCAUCACCCCUAUCCAUUGGCCAUGCUUGUUGGGACUGAUUGGGGUUGUAGUUCAGAAACAUCUGGAGGCUCAAAGUUCCCCCCACCUGUUCUUUUUGAUUAUAGUCUCUUAUGCCCACCAUUUCCAUUCCUCCUAUUUCUAAAAGGAUAGAUUUGUAGCAAGUUUAUGAAUCCCUCCAUGUGCCCGGAUUAUUUACCAGCCUUGAAGCUUAAUGGGAUCUGCUAAUUUGUCCCUUGUGUGCUGACAGAUUUCACUUCUGCCACCAGCUUCCUCAGUUUGAGAAAAGAUAGAAUGUUGUGUCAUAGCUAUUUUUAUCAAUGACUAGGCCUGCAGAUUUUUAAUAUCCUUUGUUGCCUGAAACAGAACCAGAGCAUCAGAAAAGUGGACAGAAGUUAACAAGCAGCCAAUUGUCCAAUGCUAAACAGUUAUGUAGUAAAGUUUCUAUAUCAACUCCUCUUUCUCCCGAAGUAUUUUUAUGCAUGCAAAUUCAGUUUCCAAAUUCUUGCUAAUCACCUUUCCAGUUAGUAGUCCAUAGAGAUUAUAAACACGGGCCAUUUGGCCUUUUAUCUUGCAUAUAAACUUACAUGAACAAUUAAGACUGUGCACUUGAAAUAAACCAAUAAUAAUGUUUAACUUCCAGUCAGUAACUGCUGCUACUCUUCAAUGAAGCAUUAGUAAUGUGUCCAUUUUGGAGCUUUCUGGUGUUGAGUUACCAAUGCAUCCAUACAUUUGAGACACAACAUUGAUUCUAGGGCUGCCACUGACAUUUUGAACGCAGGAGUUGGUUUUGAAUUGUACUGUUUCAGCCCCUUUGAACUAAUAAUGAACUUUUACUUAGUUUGUCUCAAAAUACAUUUCAGCAAGUUUCAAACUAUCUGCAGACCCAACUACUUUGAAGGUGAAUUGUCCUCUUGCCUUACCUUCACAUUUGCCUGAGGCAUUGAGAGAAGGUUGUUCUGUGAAUAUAGCUGGUUUCCAUUUAUGAGUGAGGUUCCUGAAAAGUUAUAUGCUUCAGUUUUCUUCUGCUAUCACAUGGUUAACAGCUGUAUUAUAAAUUGGUCUACUUGCUAGUAUAUAUGCAGUGAAGAAAAAUAUGUCUUGUAGACCAGGGAUAGGGAAUCUCUGGCCUUCCAGAUGUUGUUGGACGCCAUCUGUCAUCAUCCCUGACCAUUCUUUGGCCAUGGUACCUGGGCUGGUGUGAGUUGGAAUCUAAUAACAUCUGCAGGGCCACAGGUUUCCCAUCACUAUUGUAGAUUCACAGAAUAGGGUACUAGGAAUCAGAUACUAAUAUUCCUAGCCUGAAAAAAGUUUAAAAAGAAUACAACCUAAUUUAUUGGCCAGAUUCUGAGUGCCUAUAUUGCUUCCGCAUUGCACUUUGAUAGGCCAGUUAACUCCUCAGAACUUAGCAGUAACUUCAUUCCACAAAGCCCAUUGAAAUUAACAAAAAAAAAUUGGAGGAGCAAAUUCCCUAUGAAUUGUGUCCAAACAACACGGUGGUUGUUUUUUUAAAGCAAAGUUGUUUAAAGUUGGUAUUACACAACCUUUUUCAUUAUCACUCUUAUCUUUAAUGCUUUCCAGCCAGCAACUUAGGUCAAAUCAUAUCAGCCAAGAUGUCUUGUCCACUGACUUUCUGACUUAACAGUUGGAUUUUAGUAUUUCAUUUUGGGUUUACUUUUUUAAAUACAUGCACGCAUAUGCACACACACAAAGAAGUUGGAUACAUUUGUACGGAAAAUACUGCACUUUUGAGUUACCGAGCCCUUUUAAAAACUCAAUUCUCCAGACUUCCCAGUGAUCUGUAAAUGCUAAACAAGUGAAAACGUUUGCAAGCACUACAGAAGUAAGUUAUCAUUAGUUGCCAAAAUGUGAUAACUGGCUUCAGAGCUUGUGGGUUUGACAGCAGACUUUGUUGCUGUUUAUUUUAAUAAUAGUUAAGCCAUAUCAUCUAAAGGUUUUCUGUCUUGUUUUGAGAUGUGAAUUUGUUUUAUAGAUAAUAAAUAUACAUAUAUAGUGUAUGUAUAAAGCAAGAAUGCCUGUCCUUAACUGAUUAUUUUUUGUACCAUAUUGUAAAUUAUAUUAUUUAUUCUUUACCAAUUUUUGGAAAAAGAAAAGGUGUUUGGGUUAUUUAAUAUAAUAUACAAAAGCUGUUAACUUCCUCUGUUUUCAAUUUUCAAUUCAACUUGUAAAGUUGUUUUUAUGAUUGUGCAUAAAUACAUACUAAUCCUUGGUCUAA